GUGCUAUAUUGGUGAGAUGCCGACUCACUGCUGCGUCCCCCAAUGCAGCCAAAGAGGACCAAAAGAUGAAGAAAAAAAUAAGGUUUCCUACUUCGGCUUUCCAAAGGACAAGGGGCUGUUCAAGAAGUGGAUUGUUGCUAUAAGGAGAGAUGAAGGGAAGCAUUUCAAGGUUUCCAAGUCGACAAAAGUGUGCUCCAAACACUUCAAGGACAAAGACUUCCUGCCUGGCUACGUGAAUGGCAGGAAGUUCCUAAAAGAAGGGAUUGUGCCCAGCACAUUCCGAUUCUCAGCUCCGAAAGUGCCGAGAAGAAAAGUUCAGAGGCGCAACACUCAACCAGUAAGCAACCCCAUCAACAUGAUUGCUGCUGCUGCAGACGAUGAAUGCGACAGCACAGCAGCUUUUGAGAACCAGCCUCCACCACAUCCAGGGGUAUGCGUGCUGGCUGCAGGACUUCAAGGGCAAGUCGCCGUACAAGCUGCGCGAGUGAGUCAGCUGACGUCUGAUCUCCAAGAAGCUCGAGAAGAGCUCGCUGAAGCCAGAAAUGAGGUCCAAAAAUUAACAAGGCACAUUGAACUUCUAGAAGAAUCGAAGAAGAAAAUGGAAGAGAAACUGAGCCGAAAAUUCUCAAUAGAAUGUUUCAAGGACAGCCCCGAUGAUGUGCUGUUUUACACGGGACUGCCAAACUAUGGUGCCUACCUUUCCUUGCUAAAGUAUGUGAAUCCUGGAAGCAACGGUGAAAACAUCAAGGUGUGGUCAACCUCCUACUCCCGAGGUAGCAGCAAACAGGGGCGACCACGAAGCUUGCCCCCUCACGACGAGCUCUUCUUAAUGUUAGUCCGCCUUCGGCUUGGCCUUCUUGAGAAGGACUUGGCGUACCGAUUUGGGAUUUCAGUCUCCACGGUGUCAAGACUCUGCAUAACGUGGAUCAGUUACCUCUACCUGUACCUAUCACAACUUCCCCUGUGGGCAACACGGCAGGAGGUCGACGAGGACAUGCCACCUGCUUUUAAAGAAAAGUAUCCAACAACACGGGUUAUCCUCGAUGCAACCGAGAUCAAGUGCCAAGUGCCGAGCUCCCUUGUGCUUCAAUCCGCGAGCUUUUCGACAUACAAGUCGACGAACACCUUUAAGGGACUCGUAGGGAUAUCUCCAGAUGGAGCUGUGACAUUUGUGUCGCAACUCUUUUUGGGGUCAAUGUCGGACAAGGAAUGCGUACGGCAGAGCGGAUUUCUGGAGCGUUCCUUUGAUGAGAAUGACUCGGUCAUGGCCGAUAAAGGAUUUUUGAUUUCCGAGCUCCUGGCGAAGAUCAAUGUACAGCUCAAUAUCCCUCCAUUUCUUGGCCAGGGUACAUUCACGGAGACUCAAGUCAAAGAAACUGAGAGCAUUGCAUCACUUCGCAUACACGUGGAAAGGAGAAUACAGCGAAUCAAAAGCUUUCACAUUUUUGAUCGUGCCAUCCCCCUGUCACUCGGGCCAGUAGUGAAUGAAAUAUGGACCAUUUGCACGAUACUGACAAACUUUCAGAGCCCCCUGUUACGCCAGCAUGAGGAUGGUAGCACUGCUCUGGAUUAGCUGUAUUCGUUUUGCUUAAUUUCUGCCUAAGCGUUUGAGGACGUCAAUGGUCCUCCUUACACCAUAAAGCUUUCCUUCAACUUUGUCUCUACGUGUUUUACAUAUCUUGCCAAAAGUCAAACUUGGGGGUUUUACGUGCCAAACCAACGACGGGCAUCUGGCAUGCCCCAGCGGAACUGUGGAACACAGCACGAUAGAUGAACAUAAGAAUGGAGCUUUUCACAUUUUAGUUGUUUAGCCUGGCGUCGACCAUAUGUUACAGCCUAGGCUUGUGCCUUGCAUAUGUACAUUUCACUACACUUUGGGGCAACCCUGUACUCUGGGGGCAGUCUUAGCCAUACUGUACAUUUCACUACACUUGUGCUCUGGGGCAACCCUGUACUCUGGGGGCAGUCCUAGCCAUACUGUACAUUUCACUACACACUUGUGCUCUGGGGCAACCCUGUACUCGGGGGGGCAGUCCGAGCCAUACUUUGGUUAGCCUCAGCGGCACAUCUGCUCACGAGUUCAACCAUUCGUGACGUACCACGGAGCACACCUACAGUGUUAUGGCUCGCAAAAACAAAACAGAUGACCGGAUGUGGCGCUGCUGUCAACUACAUGAGGAGAAAGUGGAUGUAGGUGCUGCUGUGUGACCCCUCUUAAGGCCCGCCCACACACUUGCAUUUGACUAGAACCAACCGAGGAAAGGCUGGUUUUCAAUACUGUUGUGAUGGCUUGCGACCAGCUCAACAGCAGCGCAUCCAGUUGUAAGCCGUUGCAAGAGGCUUAAAGACCGGUUUUUGUCUCAGUCGGUCGUACUCAGUUGCAAGUGUGUGAAUGGGCCCUUACCCUAAAAGACAGAAGCAAAAUACUGUGAGCAACAAGGCCCCAGUCUUGUCACUUCUUCUCGAGGUGUCUGCACCAGCACCAUACAACAAAUCUAUUUAAAAAAACACGACAAAGUGUUGCAUUUGCCACUACAACCUCACUAAAAUGCUGACAAUUUUAUUCAAGUUUCAUCCUCGAAAAAUGGCACUGGUCUAUCAAAGCUGCUGCUACUCUCCUUUCGAAAAAUAGAACUUGGCGAUUGGUAUUGAUGCUUCCCUGCAACACGCAUUCCCUCAUUUCAUAAUUGCUUCUUUUUCUUUUCACUAGUUCUCAAGGAAUUGGCUAUUGGCUAUUUUAUUUCAGAAUGCAUUAUGCUGGAACCGAAAUGUCCGCGACAUUUUAAAUGGAGGUAUUUGCACACCAGAAGAACCUUGGUGCAGUAGCUGAAGUUAUGCACCUGCACUGCAAGAUGUCAAAGAGUGAGCGUUCUACAAGGCAUACAAAAGGCAGGUAGAAACGUGCUUGAGAUGUCACUGUGCGCUUUGCCACUCUUCGUAGUUACCGACGCUGACAGCGCGCUUGAGAGAAAAAUGCAAAGAAAUUGCGAGGAACAAAAUAGUGCUGUAGUAGUACCAAAGUGAGAAGAUUGGGAAGGGAGAUGGGGGUUCGAGCACAUGCUCGCGGACAAAAUAAACAGUAAAAGCAUUUUCACGCAAAAUGUGUGGGUGACACCACCCAAAGACAGAUCCGUGCACAUAAAAGAACUCUACACUAGCAUGGAAACACAGUAUAUAGAAACAUUUGGAAGCUUUUCACGAGACAGUGCAAUGUCCGUAACGAUCCCAAUGAAUUCAGGAAGGUAACUCAUUCUACGCACAAAAGGCAAAUGGUUGAACUGAAUUAAUUAAUGUGUCUGUUCAGCAAGAGGUAUAAAGGAAACUUUUACUGCAUGGCACAUAGGGAUAAUCUAUUCAGAAGUUCACUUGGUUACUGACAGCUGUACUAGAAAUAAUAAAUUAAGCAUGAGCAUAAGAUAAUUACUGCUGUCAUUAAACUAUUUAAGCAU